GUGAUGGCCAUGCCCCGAAAGAGUGCGGAUCGAGCCAAGCCAUUAAAGCCCUAACCGGACAACGACUAGGAGUAAGUCCAUGGGAAGCCCAUAUUUCCGCGGAUAAGGAACCAAGCAAAGCCGAAAGAUUGACGGAGACCACUUUAGCAGCUUCUCUUGGGCCGUACUUACGUCCAAAAGGGACAUAUAGGUUGCGUUCACCUCCAUCUAUACUACAAUCAAAACUUCAGCGCUUCAGUAAUUACAGAAGUUAUGAAAUAAUUAACGGGAGACCAUGUCACCCAUACAGAGCACAAAAUCUACUAUAA